UGCUGCUAAGGUCCCUGAGGACGCCCUUCUCGGGUGGAAACGUGGCUUUGCCAACGGCGCGGGCAGAGAUGAGGACAGCGGAGGACUCAAAUGGGACGGUCCUGCACCGCCUGAUCCAGGAGCAGCUGCGCUAUGGGAACCUCACGGAGAACCGCACGCUGCUGGCCAUCCAGCAGCAGGCCCUGCGUGGCAGCGGCGGUAGUGGCGGUGCCGGUGGUGCCGGCAGCCCCCGCUCCUCCCUGGAGAGCCUCAGCCCGGAGGAGAGCCAAAUGGUUCAGCAAUCCACACGGCAGGAGCCCCAGGGCCAGGAGCAUCACUCCGACCACCCCCAGGGCCAGGAGCAUCACUCCGACCACGUCUACUUGGAGAACAGCGUUUAUCGGCUCUGCCAACCCCAGCACAAGGGUGAGGAGCUCCCGACCUACGAGGAGGCCAAGGCGCAUUCCCAGUACUAUGCCUUGCAGCGGGGCAGCCAGCAGCCUGGAGGGGCCAGCCUGGGAAUUUGGGGUGAAAACAGUCCGCGCGGGGCCGAGAGCGGCACCCGACGCCCUGACGAGGGGCUGAAGGACCUGAAGCAUGGCCAUGUGCGGUCGCUGAGCGAGCGGCUGAUGCGGAUGUCGCUGGAGAGGAAUGGGGCCAAAGCACAGAGCCCCAUCAGCGCCUCCCACAGCUACCCUCAGCUCUUCCGCCACCACCAGCUCACUGCCCUCCGAGGGCAGCACCCCGAGGGGCUGGAGCCACGAGGACCCCCCCCGGAGUAUCCCUACGUCAUCCCAUCCCAGGACGCUUACCUGGCCGAACCCCAACCCUGCUCCCGGGAAGGUCCUGGAUUUCAGCAUCCUGAAAUCAGGGUGCUGCCCACCCAUGUCCCCACCACUUUCCUGCCGCCAUCGGGUGCCCUGUGCCCAGGCACGCUAGGUCCCGCCAGUGUGGAGGCACUGGUGAGCGUCCAGGCGGUCUCGGCCAGCAGCCGCCUGGCCCGGGCAGACGCAGUCCUGCGGGAGAACGAGAGGCUCCAGCGGGAGAGUGAGAAGCUGCGGCGGGAGCUGGAGAGCUGCGCCGAGAAGGCGAGCCGCAUCCAGAAGCUGGAGAGCGAGAUCCAGCGCAUCUCAGAGGAUUAUGAAAACCUUGUCAAGGCGUCUUCCAAGCGGGAAGCCUUGGAGAAAGCCAUGAGGAACAAGAGAGACGGCGAGAUGCGACGGCUCCAGGACUUUAACCGAGACCUCAAAGAGCGGUUGGAAUCGGCGAACAAGCAGCUGGCCAGCAAGACCCAGGAAAGCCAGGAGAGCAACCAGGGCAGCGUGGCCAAACUCCUGGCACAGAGCUAUGAGCACCAGCAGGAGAAGGAGAAGCUGGAACGGGAGGUCUCCCUGCUGCGCAGCGCCAACGAGGACCAGCGGCGGCGGGCAGAGCUGCUGGAGCAGGCACUGGGCAGUGCCCAGGCACGGGCGGCCAAGGCGGAGGCCGAGCUGCGGAAGAAGCGGGCCUACGUAGAGAAGGUGGAGCGGCUGCAGGCAGCCCUGGGCCAGCUCCAGGCCGCCUGUGAGAAGCGCGAGCAGCUCGAGCUGCGGCUCCGCACCCGCCUGGAGCAGGAGCUGAAGAUGCUGCGGGCUCAGCAGAGGCAGGCGGGCACCGCGGGCGGGGGGACGCCGGAGCUGAGUGCUCACACACUCUCUGAGCAGCUGAGGGAGAAAGAGGAGAAGAUCCUGGCCCUGGAGGCUGACAUGACCAAGUGGGAGCAGAAGUACCUGGAGGAGUGCACCAUGCGGCAGUUUGCCAUGGAUGCUGCAGCCACCGCGGCUGCCCAGCGGGACACCACCCUCAUCAGCCAUUCCCCGCGGCAUUCCCCCAACAGCAGCUUCAACGAGGACCUCCUCCUGGCCAGCCACAAGCACCAGGAGAUGGAGAACAGGUUAAAAGCCCUUCACGCCCAAAUCCUGGAGAAGGACGCCGUCAUCAAGGUCCUGCAGCAGCGCUCACGGAGGGACCCCAGCAAAGCUCUCCAGGGCUCCCUGCGGCCAGCCAAGUCCGUGCCCUCCGUCUUCGCCGCCUCUGCUGCCCUGAGCUGGCCAGGGGCUGGCCAGAGUGACCGGUUGGCCGAGGGCAGCUCCCGGGGCAGCACAGCAGGCAAAGCCACUGCCGAAGGGACAGCAGCACCCGCUGCCCUCCCCCUGCCCUCCCACUCCAAGCAUGGCAGCAAGGAUGGCAGCACGCAGACGGACGGGGUGGCCGAGAGCAGCGGCCAGGGUGAGGGCACUGAGUGCCAGGCCGGUUUGCUGGAGAGCUCGGCCGCUGCCAGAGCCCUGGACCUGUCUGACAUGGUGGAGAUCCUGAUUUAAGGCCACCCAGGGGCUGCACACUGGCCCCUCUGCCCUCCCUGCCUGCUGCACAGGCAGAGCCGCCCUGCCUGCACCUGCCUG